CUUCUCGCCUCUUUUCCUUUAACAAAUUAUUUGGAAUCUGAUUCCAAACUGAUUGUUAAGGGAAAAUUGAGCUCUAUAGUCAUGGCAAAGAUCUCCUUAUUGCUUUUGGUCGUUGUCCUUUUCUCCUCUCUCCAGGCUUAUGAAGCUCACCGCAUUGGAAAUUUCGAUAAAGGACUUGAAAAAGACUUGCACAAUGCCGAGGCCAUGAUCGAGGAAGACUUGAAGGCCAAGAAAACGAGCAGUCAAGGUUUGAAAUCUGAGGUGACAACGUUGAGCAAAUCUGAACAGACACUGAAACAACUUGGAAAUGAUUACAAAAAGGAUACGGAUGAAGCGCCUUACGGAAAGAAACUCAAAAAAUUCAGCAGGCUGGUAAAAGUCAAGGAGGCACUUGGGAAAAAAAAGAAAGCUGCAUCCGUAAUCCAAAAGAUCUUGAAGGAUUUUGGGCUAAACGGAGGGAGGGAAUGACAAAAGAUAAUAAUUAGGGUUUGAUUACUAUUCAAAGAAGGUUUGAACUUGUUCAUUGAGUUUAGCUUUACAAGUGAGAGGAGAUAUAAUAAUUUCCCCCAUAGUAUACUAGUUGCAUCAUAAUGUAAUUAACAUGAUUAAAUGAAAUAUUACUACUUAUG